AUGUCUGCUUCGUCAUCAAACGUUGACAUGGAAUUGUUGUUGAAUGAAUCAUGGAGAUCAACUAAUUUGCCUGAUAUUAUCAAAAAACAGCCCGAUGUAGAAAAAUUUCUCGGAAAAAACAGAGAUUCUAAUAUUAUUCCCAAAUUGGAAAAUACAUUUCGAGCACUCAACGAGAUGAGUUCUGUUUCGGAAUGUAAAGUUGUCAUUUUCGGUCAAGACCCCUAUCCAAGAGAAGAAAGUGCAAUUGGUAUUGCUUUUUAUGACGGUCAGAUCAAAAAGUGGACGGAUGCCAUGUCCCCAAGUUUCAGAAAUAUCGUCAAGAAUGUUUUAAUUGGUACUGGACAUUUGAACUCAAGUGAUAAAGUGGAAACAAUGAGAAAACAAAUUGCCAAACUCAAGUUAUUGGAUCCACCCGAUUGGUUUGAAUACACCAUGAAACAAAAUGUAUUGUGGCUCAAUACAGCAUUGACAUUUAGUGGCACUGAUAAGAAUGAGCUCAACAAACAUACCAAAUUCUGGGCACCAAUUGUUGAGGGAAUUGUUGAAACACUUGUCAAAGAAUCCACUAAGGGCUUGGUAUUUGUGUUAUGGGGAGGAAAUGCCAAAAAGUUAAAAACCAUGAUUAAUAAGGUGGCUAAAAAAGGAACCAAGAAGGUAGAAUUUGUUGAAGCAAAUCAUCCUGCAGUAGAGAGCUUCAAUGAUGUUCAAAGCUUCACAAAGGUGAAUGAAGCACUUAAAAAGCUUGGUCAUGAAGAGAUCGACUGGUUGGGUACUGAAAAGAAGAGAAAGGAGGCCCCAAGUUCCUCCAGCUCAACAGAAGAUGAGGAGACCACUGGGGAAUCUUCAAACAAGAAGGCUAAAAAAUAG